AAUGAUGAUAGGAUUUUAUUGGUAUUCAAUAUUAUUUUGUGAUCGUUAUUUAAAAGAAGCAAACAUUAAAUUAGAGAAAGAACAUGAAUUAAAUGAUUAAAAUAUUAAACCUUUAAUUUUAGAAUUAUUGGCAAGAUUCAUACAAGCAUCAUUAAUUACAUAUUUAUAUAGCAUACUGAAAAUUUAAGUAGAUUAUUAUAAUAAAAAUAGAAUGAAAGAGAUUUAGGAUUGGCGCUAUCAUUGGCAGUAUUUUUUUGUGUUACAUUUGAUUUGUAAUAUUACACUUCAAAAGUGGUUUGGGAGUAGAAGACUUGGAAUUUCUUUUUUAUGAAAGUGACCGAACAAUUUAUUUCACUUUCUACUCUAUCAACAAUUGCCUAUAUUUUUGUAUGA